CCAAACUCACAGACCCAGAACCAGAACAACCCCCGAUGGCUCAUCCUCCCCGUCAUCCGGACCCGCAAACUGGACUGUAGCUCCGCGCAGGGGGCGCUUUAAAAACUGAGCCACUUUUGUUGUUGUUGUUUUUUUUAUUUUUGCCAUUUGUGGAGCUUUUCUCCUCCUCCUCCGCUCUUUGACAACAAACCCAGGAAGAAUCGCGCAGCGAUGACAGCCGUGAUUCCUCCACCUAUAAGUUGCUGAGACUUCAACCUCCGUCGAUCUUGCAUCUGAUUGCUGACGCUUCUAGAAAUAUGCAAAGGAGAUACAGGAUGAAAUUGGUUUUAAUAGCAGCCUUACUUGGACUGGCCGAAGCUGUGGCCUCUCAGCGCAACUGUCCGUCGGGCCAGAACACGACCAGCGGAGAAUGCUGCAGGCAGUGUCCACCCGGCGAGGGCGUCGUCACGCCCUGCGGCGCCAAACAGACCGAGUGUGCGGCGUGUCUUGACAGUGAAACCUUCUCAGAAAGCUUCAGCCACACAGAGAAAUGUCAACUUUGCACGAAAUGCACAGGCCUGCUCCGCAUGAGCACGCCCUGCACCGACUCCAACGACGCCAUUUGCACAUGCAACUACGGCUACUACCACAACAAAAUCACGGAGCGGUGCGAAGCCUGCACCAAAUGUCCCGAAGGCCAGGGGAUGCUGUACAGCUGCGGGUCGGACCACGACACGGUGUGUGAGUCGUGCGACGACGACACUUUCUCGGACCAGGAUAGUUUCAGGGACCCUUGCAUCCCCUGCACAACUUGUGAUGAGGGAGAUGAGGUGCUGCAGGACUGCAGUCCUGUCAGCGACACCGUUUGCCAAUCAAACUACCCAGCGCUGACAUCCACGCCUUAUCCUAGCUUCCCAGAGAUGUUUGAGGAAUACAGUAUGGUAGAAAACCUCCCACCAGAGGCGCCGAGUCCCAACACCACCACCGCCGCCACCAAUGGAGACUCCAAAGAAAGGCUCUACCAGGGGAUUAAUGACAAACUCAUCCCCAUAUACUGUUCCAUCCUGGCAGCUGUCGUUGUGGGUCUUGUGGCCUUCAUCAUCUUUAAGAGGUGGAACAGCUGUAAGCAGAACAAGCAAGGAGCCAACAACUGCACGACCAACCCGAACCAGACUCCGUCUGCAGAGGGAGAGAAGCUCCACAGCGACAGCGGCAUUUCUGUGGACAGCCAAAGUCUGCAGGAGCAGCAGGGACAGACUCAGUCACAAACAGUUGUGACCAUCGAUGAAGAACCGUGUCUGCUCCUUCCUCUCCACACUAGAGAGAAAGUGGAGAAGCUGCUUUUCCAGGGCAGCGAAGGGGAAAACUGCGACCACAUGCAGGACAGCGACUGGUGCAGCCUGGCAGGCCUCCUCGGAUAUGAGGAAGAGCGAAUUGCGACCUUCCAGCAGGAAGAGCAUCCCGUCCGAGCGCUGUUGUCCGACUGGGCGAGGAAGGACUGUGCAAGCGUCGACGCGUUGUGCACAGCGCUCCGCAAGAUCAACCGUGAUGACAUAGUGCAAAGUUUGGUGCUCAGCCCGAGCGGCACAAAGCCCACUGCGACCUCUGUGGUGUAGCGUCUCUCCGUUCCUGUCCGAAACAACUUAACACCUGGACCUUAACAUUGAAAUAUUCCAAAUACAGCAUCUUAGAUUAUGCCACAUAAUUCCUGCUGCAGCUGCUUGACACAAUAUUUUGAUAAUGCAACUCAGAGAGAUGAUCCUAGUAACCCCUUUAUCAUGUUAUAAAUCACUCUGAAUCUGAAACAAAUGAGCAAAAAAAAGCAAAGUUAGGUUUUCCAAAUUACUUAAACUUGCAGACAAUGGGAAAUUAAAGCGAUUUAAAAAUAGGAAAGACACGUUUUACUUUAAAUUAUGGGGACAUCAGGUUUAAAUCCUCUGACUGAACUCACAGUGGAGUAGUUGUCUGCUUUGAACACAAACUUUUGUGGAUAACUUGCUCUUUCUCUUUCUCUUCAUAUGUUUGUAUUUUCUGUGCACCUUCCACUUAUUACAUUGUCUUUUUUUUUUUUUUACGUCUAUGUUACCAAAGAAGCUGAAGUGUUUUUCAGACCCAACCUGUUCAGUGACAUUAUUCACACGCCCUGUCAGACUUUUUAAAUUUAACUCGGCUUGCGUCUGUAACUACUGUGCCUGUUUCUUCUACUGGAUGAAGAAGUAUCUGGAUUGACAACCUGAGGAGUUUCUGAUGGACUCUUUUCAAGUGAACCUGCUUCCUCGCUCCCUUAUUAUUAGUACUAUUGGAUAACAGCGCAAAGCAGCAGUGGUUGAGGAUGUUAUCUCCACAUCACUCCAUCUACUUCUGCCGACUCUUGUUUUGUUGAUUCUCCCUGAGGCGCUGUAAAAAGUGAAGCCUGUUGUUAUGUAGGCCUCAGCUUGCUUUUAACCGCUCAAACAUCAUUCCAGUAUCACAGUUUCUCAUUCUUACCCUGAAAAUGGUAGAAACUCUGUAAAAAUCCUAUGUACUAUAUUUACAUGACAAACAAGUAGAUACAAAUGUAGAUUUAGUUGACGUACAUACACUCCUACAGUCUGUAGCCCUGCAUGCAUGUACUGUGCUCAACAAACAUACAUUUGCAUUCAAAAGUUAAUGAUGAUAAAACAAGAAAACCAUAUUCAGCCUCAUAUAUGGCAUCGCGCACUCAACCGAGGGACCAUACACUGUUUAUUGUUCAUAUUUGUGGCAAUUUGUUCAUUGAUCCUAAAAGUGUUUGGUUGCUUUUGUUGGUCACAGGCAGGAAAUAAUGCUGACCAACUUAUUGCUGUUUUAUAUGAACACUUAGCUGACUCAAGACAUAAAGCUGCAGUCUACAAUAUAUUUACAACUUCCUCUGGCUUGACAUUUUGCUCUACACAAAGUCUAUUGAGGCGCGUUGACGAUGCGUCAAAUUCGCUCAAGCCGUUGUUUUCUGUUGCUGGCCUAUUUGUUGGACGCAUUGGACACGCUUGACGCGUCAAACGGUUCCAAAGGCGCCACAAUAGAUGCGUGAAACGCGACCGGACAUCGACGCACCUCCACAUAGACUUUGAACGUAAACCAGAUCCGCCUGAUGCUCGAAACACAUUUGGUGUGUUUUGAGCACCACGACUUUAGCAAUUUCUUCUGUUUUGAAAUGAUCCGUUGAUAACUCAGUACGCACUUCAGAGGUGCAGCAGCCAAGACAGUCUCUCUUUUCUCUCAUUUUAAACCGUCAGAAACACUUCUCCCAAAUAAACUCCAAAAAUGUAGAAUCUAGAAUAGAAUUCUCAGGGACGUCCACUCCAAUCUCAAACGCUCUGACGUGACCAAAGAUGCCAUUAUUCUUGCGACUGACAAUCCUUAAAGCUGAUUGAUUAGAGACAGAAACUGGUCAGCAGAAGAGGAAGAAAAAAGAAGGAGAGGGGAGUUUCACUUCUUCUUUGUUUGAGACAAUGAAUGGCGAAUAAAGGGCAGACCAGCUGGGACAAAAGUCACAGGAUGCAUGAGAGAAACGGAGAAGUCUCAGAUUACUUCAGUCAAUGCAAAGGAGAAACCCAGGCCUACAUGUUAAACAACUUGUUCAGAUGUAAGCAUGUUGAUUUAUUUUCCUUUGUUUUAUUUGAAUUUAAGAAAAUAGUUUCUUCAUCUCAUGUUAUAUCUUAUUUUUUUACAACUGCGUUGCAUUUUUUUGUUCACUGUUCACCAGAAGACACAAACGUAGCGCUAACUCACCCGACUUUCCCACUCGAAGCACAGAUUACUAUUAUUGACUUGUACACUGAGCAUAUUGUUGGUCUGUUACUUUAUAUGAAGGUAUUCUUACUCCUACUACUAGUUCUCCUAACAAGCAACUUUAAAUGGUAUUACAUUUCUGUUUUUGAUUUUAGCACUUAAAUGUGUAAUCAUUUAUGUUUUAUGCAUCACAAGUGCCUGAGAACUAUUUCAGGUGUAUGUUGGUGUACAUUUAUUGUUUUAAGGAAUUUGUAAGUGUAAUUCUAGGUUUUUAUACCUGUAAAUAAUUUGUCUUUGUUGUUUCUUUGUAGUUUUGUUGAAGCAUUGGAGGCAACACUGUAAAUGUAAACAGGGCUUAUGUUCUAAACUUGUUUGUUUAAGUAAAUAGCAAAAGGAAAUUGACUUCAUUUAUAAUUAUUGACCAUCGGGUAUCUUAAAAUUAAGAAGACAAAAUUCAAAGUUAGAUUUAGAUUUAAAAAAAGAAGCAUUAUCAGGUGUUUUAGCAAAUACACGGUAGUUGAUGUGGUUUACCAUGUUGUAUGCAUAAACAUACAAAAAAGAGAAAUUUCACAACCAAAGAGCAACAAUUUCUCAUAAAAAGCCUAAUGAAGCUAAAUGAGGCAUUUCUGUACUAUCCUAUUAGUGCCAUAUAGUAAAUUUUGUUUAAUUGUGAAUAAGUUAUGAGAGAAGAUGCAUGCACCACUUUUAAACUCUGAAAAUCUGCAAUUAUAAAUUUGUUAAUGUAACUGCAGGGAGGCAUGGAUGUGAACUAUUUAUGCUAAUUUUACUACUUUAUUCAAUUUCCAAAUUGAAAAAGCAAGCCUUCUUUUCCCUUAAAGUAAAAAGUAUUUUAUCAUUUAUGUCCAGAUGAGGUCGUCUGCAAAAGUUUUCAGUUCUGGUGGUUGUGUUGUAGUAUCCAUACAUGUGCACUAUUACUAGCUGUAGCAUAAAAAAAUCAACAUUAUAUCACAUAUUACAAAUAAAUUACAAAACAUUCCCAGACUGGAAUAUUUGAAACAUUUGCACCAGCAAAAGUAUAAUUCAGUUUAAGCCUCUAAAUGAGCUACAAUAUUACAAUAUGACAUAAAAAAAUACAUUAGAGAGAGAAAUUUUAGUUAUUCAUCCUUAUAAUGUCUAAGGGAUUUCUCGUCCUCAUACUGAUCAUCUGUGGUUCUGCAUGUAUCUUGGUUUAUUUAAAUUAUGUCAAACAAUAUAAAGGACUUUUAUUUCUCGCCGUUUCUGCCUAAGACGCUGGUCUACCUGUACAGUUGAAGGUGAAUGUGAUGAUAUUGCACUUGAGACACAAGUUACAACCUAAUUAUGCAAAAAGGGACUAAAAAAUAUAGGUUGGAGUGAGAGAAUAAGGGAGAAAAACUGUGUUUUGGGUAAAAACAACAAACCCUGAUAGUGAACAGUGAUGGGAAUGACAGUAAACCAGAACUGAAUUGUACAGAAACAGUGAAUGUUCCAUGUAUACUCACACAUGUACUGUCUUAUACUGAAUGUGAAUUUGCUUUGAGUUCUACAAUAGACAAGCAGUAAAUAAAGCUCUUUAAUUCA